UGAGCUUUGUGCGAACAUGUGAGCCGAGAACCUGAUCUAACUUAAACAAGUUCAACAGCAGCUCCCGGCUCCUGCCUCUGGGCUCCUUUUUUUGCCUUUUUUUUUUCUUUGCUUUUUUUUUUUUUUCUUUAAUUCCUUCCCCUUUGCCUUCCCAGAAGCUGCGCAGGGAAAAGCUUGGAGCGCUCUUUCCCUCCCUCCUCUCCUCCUUCCCUCCUUGCAAACCCCGACAUCUCCGGGGCUCCUUUUUCCAUCUCUCCCUGGAACAAAAUAAAAUAAAAUAAAAUAAAAUAUGAGUUCCAGGCUUCUUCCAGAGAUACAAAAAACCCUUUUCUGUAAGAAGCUCCUGGCUGCAGCGCUGUGUGUGCUGGUGGUGCUGCCGGAGCCGGGCAGUGCCAGGAGCCUGUGGAAACGCGCUCUGCUGAAAAUGACGGAGAAAUACGAUGAUUAUGAGUACCCUCUUCAUUCUCACAGCUCCCAGCAGCAGCAGAAGAGCGACCGGUGCCCGCCGCCCUGAGGCCUGCAGCACCACGGAGGACGGGGACGAGCCCCUGCACUGCCCCACGGGCUACGAGUGCCACAUCAUCAACCCGGGCAACACGGCCGAGGGCAUCCCCAACAGGGGCCAGUGCAUCAAGCUCCGGGGAAACCCAGAUGGACACAACCUGAGGCAUAAGUAUUACAAGGAAUAUAUUGGGAGCAAUUCCAACAAUUUGGUUGGCUAUGUGAAAAACCAGCAGAAGCAUUUGGGCUAAUUGAAGGUGUGCCUGGCUGGACCACUCUGUCAAGGAAUGCUUUACCCAGCAGCUUUCUGGUCCCAGAUCUCCACAUCUCCAGCACCCCCUGAUCCCUGCCCAUCACUGACAGAAAAAAUUCAAUAUCCAAGGAAAAGUCCAGACUUUAACCCCACCAGGAAGGGGAGAAAUGUGAUCCCCUGAAGGAAACCACACUGCUUAUCAGCUGCCCUUCUACAAAUGAAAUGCAAACAGCUCCAAGGGAUCCCUGUAAGCCACUGUGCCAUGAUCAGGCUGCUGACAUAGAGCCAGCCCUUCAUGUGCUUGUUGUGUGACCAAUUCAGAUUUCAGGCCUGUGAACACAACCCAGUGACGUCAGAAUUCUACCUAAAUAUCAUCUCUAAUUUGCUUUAAAACAGGUGAGACUAAAGAGGUUCUCUGGAUCAAAUCCAGUGCAUGCCUGUCUGGAACAACCCCUUUAAAGAAGCCUUUUCACCAGCUUAAACUCAAAGAAAUCUGCAAGUUUCUUCUAUUUAUACCCAGAUAAAAACCAGGCUUGACACCCACUCUAAAUGGCUAAACCUGAAGUUUUAAGAAUUUGAGGAAGUUUAAGCUAGGAGCAAAAACAGCUUUAUAAAUGCUUUUAGGUUACUUUCCUCUUCUCAGUCUGGUGAGCUGCAGAUUGAGAGUUAAUAAUGGAACAAAUUCCUUCCUACAAUAUCCAGGCUGACACACAAAUGCAUGCCAGGUUUUGUAAUGUGCUGUUUUUAGCCAGCACAGUUAAUACUCACAAAAUCUGGGGGUUUGUACCUGCAAAACCUCAGCAAGAGGCCUGAAGUCUGGAUAAUUGGUUAAAUGUGUUAGAAAAUCAAACCCAGGAUAAAUUUGUGUGCUGAAAAGGAUUGUCUGGCAGAUGGGCCACUGCUCCUCAGGAGUCCUGUACCUUUUGUGUUGAUUUCCCUAAAUCCUUAAAGUCUGGAUAUUUGUAUUUGGGCCUCACAGCUUCUUUUAGCUGUUUACCAUUAUACAAUGGAAAACACAUUUUCUAUUAAGGUUUUCCUUUCCUGUGGCAGUCCUGAAGGGACAGUUGCAUUUAUUGUGACAAACCAGCCAGAAUUGUCUGGCAGAAAAGCCACAUUUGCUCCAUGGUUUAGUCCAUGUCCCCAUCUGCCUGCAUGAAAUUAACAUUUUCAUUUGCACAGUAGUAGCACCGCAUAUAAAUACCCAAUUCACAAACGCAAGCCCCUGCUUCCACUCACAAAAUACAGGAUUUUUUUUUUCCACUCACUAAAUGGUUUAAGCCAAAUCCAAGACACCUAUAAAACUCUUGAUGCUUUGCACAUGACAUUUGCAGCUGGAGAGAUGGAAGGUGCCAAAGUGCUCUUCUGUUUCCUAUUCUAAACACACUCCUGGGUGCUUUACAGAGCAAAGAACAGCUGAAGGGCUCCACAUUUUCCUAAAUAUCUCCGUUUGCUGUACUCACUCUUUUUCAAAGUGCAAGAUAUUAAAUGCAGCACCAUGUUUGGGCAGAGAUAUUUCUGUAAUUUUAUCCUAUACAGCUUCCUGCAGUGAGAUCUUAAUUCUUGCUUGGACACAGGGGCCACAGAACCAGAGAAUUUUGGAAUGGUUUUGGAAGGGAGUUUGAAUCUCAUCACCUCCCACUAGACCAGGUUGUCCAGGCUCCAAUCCAUAUUUUAUAGUUCUAAUCUGUGUUCAGACCAGAAACUUGUCACUUGUCCUACUGCAGCCUCCCUCCUCAGUGCUGCUCAGUGAAAUGCAUUGGUUUUGUUCAGCAUUACUUCCUGCAGGAAAAAAAAAAAAAUCAAAUUCUGAUUAAAUGAGCAAAGCCCUGAAGUGAUCACUGCUGGCCCCAAAGGGUAAAUACCAAAAUGUUCAAUUUUAAACUAAAAAAUUCCUAAAACCUUGUGAGGAGCUAGUUGAAAAAUUGGUGGUGUGCAUUCACAAAUUUGAAAGAUUAAAACUUCAAAUCUCAGCCUAAUCUCUCAAAGCAGCCCAAAAUAUGCUUAAUUUGAGUGGACACAUUCACUUCAGUGUCUGUUUUCUUUGUAGCUGCAGAAGCACAUACCUGACCUCCUGGGUGGGACAGUGCAGGUAUUUUCUGCUUGCAAAAGGAAUUUAAAUUAAAAAAGAAAAAAAGAAAGAAAGAAAAUUGACAAAUUAAUAAUUUGAUGAUGAAUUUCUGUUUACUGGGUGUUUCACAGCCAUCACCCUUCUAUAGUGGUGCUAUAAUGCUCAGGGGGAUUUUUCCAGGUUAAUUCAAGUUAUUAAUUGUCAGACUGAGAAACAAAAGCCACAGGAGGGACUUGACAAAGUUUUCAGCAGUGAGACACUGAAAUGUGAAACUCAGACACUGAAAUGAAAACACAGAGCAGGUGAUCUGUCCUCAGCUGCCCUGCUCUCCAGAAACAGAUGCUCCAUCAUCAGCCUGGUGCAGCACAGUAGGAAAUGCCUGGUGUAGGAUGUUUUUAACCUUUUCAUGACCACUCUGCAGCGUGUUUGGUGCUAUGAUAACCGUCCUGUGUGCCACUGAGUGCUGCACUGCCCACAGCUCCCACAUCCCCGAGGAUCUGGGCAGCCCCAGGAGGCCCCUCCCUGGUUUGUGCUGCUCAGGUUCUGCUUUGGUGCUCAAUAAAAAGUGACCAGUCUAUUUUUCAA